AUGUGCUGCCGCUGUGCAACCUUUUCCUUCUCCAUGUACACUCAAACCUCCUUACCCAGACCCUUCCUGCAAUCGCACCCAGGGACGGCCAUCAAAAUGGCAGCCACGGUCGGCGCAUCGCCCGAUCUCAAGAUGCAGGGUUUCGGCCCAGAUUGCGCAGUUGCCUCAGAAAAUGCGCCCGCGCCAGCAGUGGCAGCAGACAAGGCCGACACCAAGCCGAAGACAGAUCGACCGCGCAAGCGCCCUCUGUCACCACCGCACUCUUCGUCUUCGUGGCAGGCUUCAGAUUCGCAGCCAGCUCCGAAACGUGGUCGUGGGCGCCCCAGAAUCCACCCGCUUCACCACACGAUCGAGGUCAGAGCCCGGCAAAAAAGAGCAGACAUUGCAGACGGCGAUAUGACAGCUCGUGAUGGUGCACGCGCUGCUGUGCGUCACACUGCGCGCCAACCACGGUCGAUGUCGGAUCCAUACAAAGUGCUUGGCCUCAAGUGCUGCGAGACUGAUCCAGCCUUGAUCCACGCGGCCUACAUCAAAGCGCAGAUGAGCUGCGGCGAUAUGCUACCAGGCCCACUUCAGCUGAGCGAUGAUCCAGACUCGGCAGGUCAUCAGAGGCUGACCAUGGUAUCCGACGCGAACGUGAUCUUGGAGAGCAGGAGAAUGAAAACGUUACUCGACAAGUGCCUCAAUCACCACUACAAGAAGCACACAGCCUCCGCCAUUGACAUCCUCGACAUCGCCAUUAGUCUUGUGCGAUCUCCACCGACUGAGCAGGAAGUCGAGCAGGCUUACAUCGACCGCAUGGCCGAGUGGAGUGGGCUCGAAAAGGUUGCAGGGGUGGUCAUCAGGAUGUUCAAGGCCGCGAGGGAGACUGUUCUGAGGGAUCUGAAGCAGGCGCAGGAGGAGCAAGAGAAGCAGAGUCGCCGGGCGCUUGUGGAGCGACGUGACUCGGUCAUGUCAGAUGCAGAUGCUUUGGGUGAUGAAGUGGGAGAGCUGUGA